UUGGACAAAUACGUGCAAAUAUUCAAGAGUACUUCUAGGGUUUCUAUGAAGUGGGGCUCCUCGUAAGAAGCGGAGGGUGUUUUCAUGGCUUGUGGCUAGGGCUCAGCGAUUUCUAUCCUUUGCUCGCUACGUUUUCCAAGCAUUUUUGUGGGUCGUUUAUUUCCUCUUGUUAUAAAUAGCACAGGAAUCUCACGAUGGCCCAGUCGCUUGGUCGAUGCGCCAUGAGAGGAGCACAACAGACGUUAAGAAGCCUACGCCCCGCAUUAUGGAGUCCACUGCAUCACAUUGAAACCUGUGGCCCCAGCGCAAGCUCGAAAUUUGUGGUGCGAUGCACAGCGGUUGGCCAGCCCCAAACAUGGCGGCUUCCAUUGGCGCAGAGGAACUAUAGCAGCCUUGCCGGCACGGAACUCAAGCCACCUUCCCAACCCCUCCCUGACCCUGAAGUUUUGAAGCACGUGACGGCAGCGCUAGGGCCCCUGGAUACCAAGCCGCUGGCCCCCCCUGCCCAGCCGGUUGUCAUCGUGAUCAGCGGCCCCAGCGGUGUGGGCAAGGACGCGGUGCUGGAGCGGCUCAAGCAUCAGCGACCUGACCUGUACUUCGUGGUGACCGCCACCUCCAGGCCCAUGCGCCCCGGGGAGGUGGACGGUCGCGACUACUUCUUCGUGAGCCGCGAGCGCUUCGAGGGCUGGCUGGCUGGCGGGCUGCUGCUGGAGCACGCGCUGGUGUACGGCGAGUACAAGGGCAUCCCGCGGCAGCAGGUGGAUGCGGCGCUGGCGGCGGGGACGGAUGUGGUGCUGCGGAUUGAUGUGCAGGGUGCCGCCACCAUCAAGCGGCUGAUGCCCGACUGCAUCUCCAUCUUCGUGACGGCGGACAGCGAGGAGGUGCUGGUGAGGCGGCUGGUGGCGAGAAAGACGGAGCCGCUGGAUAAGCUGCUGGUGCGUGUGAACACCGCUCGGCAGGAGAACGAACACAUCGCCAACUUCGAUUACGUGGUGGUGAACCGCGACGGCGCACUAGACGAGUGCGUGCGGCAGGUGUCGGGGAUCAUAGAGGCGGAGAAGGCGCGUACGGCUAGGAGACUGGUGCGCAGAUGAGGGGCGUGUGUGCCCAGAUCAGAUGAGGGGCGUGUGUGGUGUGGUGUGGGGUGCACCCGGAUGGGAGGAUGAUGUGGUGCCGCAUGCUACAUGAUGUGACCAGGUUGGGGAUGCUGCCGCUGGGAAGCUGAGGAAGCCUCCUGGCGAGCGAGCCGGGUGGCUACCCGGGUAGUAGUUAGGGUGUGGCUGGGUGGGCCGCAGCUGUCUUGUUGCCUGUGCUGAGGCCUGUGCUGUGGUGGGGCAUGUAAUUGUCUGUGCUGAGGCUGGGACCUAGGGUGAGGGGAGGGUGAGGCCGUGUCCUGCCCAACCGGUGCGGGGAGACACGCUGCAAGAGUGUGUCGUACUACCCUGAGGCGCUGUCCCUCCCCUGUGACGCCUCCCAGCUUGAGGCUGGGACAUGUACCAUCAACUGAUAUUUGUACUGAAUGGUGACCCAUCGCUGCAUGCGUGGGGCGUGUGAGCGGUAGCGUCCCACUCAGCCGUGCAGCGCCUGAUGCCAUAACCGCGUUAACUGGAUGGGGGGCGCAUGUUGGCGGUCAGCCCAAGGACGGGCGCGUUUGGCGGUUGUUGUGGUGGUGGUGGUUGUGGUGGUGGUGGUGGUGGUGGUGGUGGUGGUGGUGGUGCUGCUGGCGAAACGCGCUUCCAAGCCUGUGAUGUGUGUGCUACUUUACUGGGUGAGGAAUCCAGCCGCGAGAUGGGCUGUAGAUACCGGUAGACUCUAGACAAAAAGGGUACCGGUACUCCCCACGUGCACGCCCGCUCAGGGGCUCCCGGCUGCUUGCUUUGGGUGCCGCGUGCCAGCGUGCUAUUGUGUGGCAUCAGGCAGUGUAGUACGCACGCGCACAUGCGGGCAGGAAUAGCAGCGGCAGGGGCGCCUAGCGGCCCGGAACGACUGUGUGCGACUGGCGGAAGCGUGUUAUAGCUGCCUGCACCACGCACCGCAUGUGCGGCCAUGCCGCCAGCUACGGUAAGUACGGUUUGAGACGGUACCUGACGACCCACGGGUCACUCGUCCGGAACACAGGGCACAGUCCAGCAUCAAGUGCCGGCACAUGGGUGACGGGGGUCGGAGAACCAGACCACAGGUCAUACAGCCGAUACAGGUCAUUCGAUGUCAGGGAGGCGAAUCGUAGGUAUGUUUGCAAGAGGGAUGCUGCUGCUGCUGCUGCUGAAAGGGUUGCGUCGAGGCGUUUCAUCAUGACCGCACACCCACAGACGUACAUGGGGCGUGGGGGCCACCGUUUGCGGGAGUCCUGUCCACGCUAGCUUCGCUUCGUCUGAAUCCGCGCUUCGUCGGGACGUCGUCAUGUUUUGUAAGUUUGGAUCAUCGCCUCGGA